AUGGAAUACACCGCCCAGAAUUUGGAAUAUGCUGUAUCCGUAUUUUAUAAUGGAGAGCAAUCUGAAAGGGCAAAGGCUCAUGCAUGGCUCACUGCUUCACAGAGGGUCCCUGAAGCUUGGAAUUUCGUUUGGGAAUUACUUCAACCUAGCAAGAACACUGAAGUUCAAUUUUAUGCUGCAACAACCUUGCAUACUAAAAUACUUCGUUGUUGGAAUGAGGUGCCACAAGAGAGCUAUAAUGAAUUGAAGGACAAAAUUCUGCAAGCAAUUUUUGCUUAUUCCAAAGGACCCAAGAUUGUCACUAAUAGAUUAUGUAUAAGUUUAGCAGCAUUUAUUCUCCAACAAGGUACUGGGGAUUUAGCAACAAUAUUGAGACCAUUGUCUAGUGUAGAAAAUACAUCACUGUUGUUAGAAGUACUUACAGUGAUCCCUGAAGAAUACAACAGUAUGACAAUGGGAUCAUCACUUCGAACAAAGAACCGCAUUGCUCUUCAGAGAGCUUGUCCUGCAGUCUUAGAAGACAUGUUGAGGCAUUUACAGACAGUAUACAGUCCAGAUUACUACAACGAAGCCCCUCUAGAACAAAUAAUACAAUCUUGGGUGACAGCAGCAACUUGCGCUUGUAGCUGGCUAACGUUAGGAGGGGAAGAUGCUGCAGAACAUCCAGGUGGCUCGCUCAAUGAUAGAAUGCCGCUGUGUCGCGCCUUGCUGUCUGUGGUGCAGCUGUUAUAUACGUGUAACACUAUAGUAAGCGAUACAGCUCUGGAUGCGUGUGAGGCCUGUCUUUCAGCAGUGCGAGCUGCUGGUGGUACCUCGGCAGCGACCCGUCAUGCCGGUGCUGCUAUACAACUGUUGGGCCUCAUUGCGGGUUGCGCUGCGCCCAUCAUGCAGAGAGAUAAUGUACCCAACUCUAUUAACGAGGAACUUCUAUCUUCUUUAAUAACGUGCUGCGUGGCUUUGGGAGAAUGCCAUGCCAAUGUUUUGGUACAGUAUGCAGAGAAUGAAACUGAAGCAGGGAACGGCGCAAGGCAAUUGAUAGAGUUACUUUUGUCUGCUCAAGCGGCGCCUGGACACUAUCCACUUCACGAAACAAGAUCAAACUUGGUUUUCGGGUUCUGGUAUACUUUACAGGACGAAGUGCUAAACGUAGACGACUCGGAACAUGACAUUAACCCAGUAUGGAGGCCAGUAUUUUCAAGACUGCUGACGUCGCUUGUGAAGAAAUCAGAGGCGCCAGCAAACCUUCCACUGUCGCGAGACGACCUGGAACUGCUACGGUGUUACCGUCAAGACAUUGCGGAUACUGUGAUGUACUGCUACGGCAUCCUGGGCGGGCAGUGCUGGACGUGCGUGGAGGGCGCGUACGCGGCGGCGGCGGACGAGUGCGGGCGCGAGGCGGCGCUGCACGUGUUCUGCGCGCUCGCCGACGUGGCGCCCGCGCAGCACGCGCCCGCCGCGCUACUCGCGCUGCUGCAGCGCGCGCUGCACGAGGCGCACUCCUCGCACAACAAGCGCAUGCUCAACACCGCACUCGACUGUCUCGGUAGUUACGCAUCAUGGGUGGCUUCCGUGGGGCAAACGUUGUCGGAGGACCUCGGGCAGUCGAUGGUGCGCGCGGCGGGCGCGGCGCUGGCCAAGUGCCCGCCCGCCGCGGCGCUGGCGCUGCGCAAGCUGGCCGCCGACUGCAGCGCCCCGGCCGCCGCGCUCGCGCCCGACAUCGUGCAAGCUGCUCAGAGCAGCGAAGGUCGAUCGGACCCGUGGGUGCGGCGCCAGCUAGUGGCGGCCGCGGGCGCGGCGCUGGCGGCCGCCGACCUGAACGUGGCGGCCACCCUUCUACACAGCCUCGCUACUACGCUCGAAAACGACCUCAGACUUCAGGCCGUGUCAGCGGCGGGCGCGGGAGCGGGGCCGGGCGCGGGCGCGGGCGCGGGGCAGGGCGCGGGCGCGGCGGAGUGCUGCGCGGCGCUGAUGGGCGCGCUGGCGGCGCACGCGCCUCUGGCCAAGGCCCUGUUUCGUACCAUCGCACCCGCCUUACCGCCUUACGCGGCUACUCCCUCACUCGUAGAGCCAAUGUUCCAUGUAUUAAAACAAACAGUAUUAUCACUGAUCGACGAUUGCUUGCCGCUCGUGGAUGAUAUCGCCCAAUUAAUAGUCGCCGGUUUUAACACAAAUCCUUGUGCGUCUGGGCUGGACCUUGUCAAACUUAUUGUAAUAGCCAUGGGAGGUGAAUGGAAAGGUUCCAAGAAAUUGCUCGAGUGCAGUGUGACAGCGAGCAUGCAAGCGUUAGGAGCCGAGCCGGGGGCGCGGCCUGACCUUACCGAAGGGCUGUUCACUCUCCUGCAAGCCAUCACCAAGAAGCGCCCUCAAUACGUGGACUGGCUUGAAGACAUACUGCCUGAUCUUGUUGACUUAGCGUGCGCGUGCGUGCGGCUGUGGGAGGCGGGCGGCGCGCGCGCGGCGUGCGCGUGGCUGGGCGCGCUGGCGGCGGCGCGCGCGCACGUGCUGCAGCCGCGCGCCCCCGCGCUCACUGCCGCCGCGCUCGCCUGUAUCGGCGGAGCGACCCCCCGAAAUCAGAUAGAACAUCUAGCCGAGCUGCUGUUGGCGUUGAAUCGCGCGUCCUGGCGAGCGGGCGGCGAGCUCGCGACAUGGAUGAGGCACGCGCUGGCCCAGCCGGGCUUCCCGACCGUGCAUGCCACAGAUCUGCACAAACAGAAGUUUAUGGCUGCAGUUAUAAAAGAAAAGAGUAGCAAGCGACGGCUGCUGGAGCAUGUUCAAGAGUUCUCACUCGUGUGUCGUGGUCUCGUUGACACUGAAUAUGCAAGACAAACAUUGGCUUCCAAACAACUAGUAUCAUAA